AUGCUAACAUACAACAACGCAUAUAAUCAAGCAUCCAGCACUGAUUCGGUCAGUACUGAAUCGCCGAGGGAUACAAAAGGAAUCGAUGCAUCGCCGGUCUACGACAACAGCAUCAACCAGGCGAUCGUGUACGCACAUCAUCCGUAUGCAAAUUCCUCCUACAACAAUAACGACGAGAUAUGCAUUUCGAUACAACAGCAGGAUUUGUGUGUGCUGCCGAGUGAGAGUUUCAUCUACAUUCAGGGAAAAGCUUUCAAAAUUAAUGUCGGAAUAACAUCUACGUUGAAAAAUUAUAUUUCGCUGGAUCAGAGUAAGAAAAAUGCCAUGGAAAUAUUUGGAUGGAAGGAUGGUGGAUAUAAAAGCAACCAUCACACGGGUGAUUUCAGCCUGUGUAUUCCGUUGAAUACCGUGCUGGGUUGCGCAGAAGAUUAUAAGAAAAUUGUUACUAACGCUCGACACGAGCUCAUUAUCAUACGAAGCAGAACCGAUAAAAAUUGCUACAAAACUGGUGCGGCUGCGGAAGACAUGCGUUUGGAAAUAACAAAAUUACAAUGGAGAAUACCGCAUGUGAUGCCAUCGGAUGUUGUAAAGCUGUCGCUAUUGAGAAUAUUGGAGAAAAAUCAACCGAUACAGAUGUGCUUCAGAUCUUGGUCGUUGCACGAAUAUCCCAAUUUACCGAAAUCUAAAAUGCAAGUUUGGCCCAUCAAAAUAGCAACGCAACUGGAAAAACCAAGAUAUGUGAUAUUUGCAUUGCAAAGAAAUUGGAAGGAAAACGUGAAGAAUCAUGCGAGUUAUUUCGACCACUGCGAUUUACGCAACGUUAAGCUAUUUCUGAACAGCGAUUCAUAUCCAUAUGAAAAUCGAAACGUAAGCCGUAAAAAUGAACAAUUUGCUCUACUGUACGAUAUGUAUGCUAAGUUCCAGAAUUCGUAUUAUGGAACUGUGAAUAGACCCAUUCUGGAUAUGCAAACUUACAUUAAGGAUGCACCAAUAAUAGUGAUAGAUUGUUCGCGACAAAAUGAAUCUAUAAAAAGUGCUCCAGUUGACAUACGAAUAGAAUUUAAGAGCGAAACGGAUAUAGAGGAUGGUAUGGCUGCAUAUUGUCUCAUACUGCACGAUCGAAUCGUCGAGUACACACCUCAAACGAACGUUGGAUUUAUCGGCGUUAGGAAUAAAUUCGUAGUGAAAGAAGUCGCAUUUUAUGAGAACGUAGCAAAGACUAUGAGUCAUGACAUAUUUCGAGAUCCAUACGCCUGA